AUGAGGUAUCGCUGCACCUUCCAUGAAGAAGGAGGGCGCCGAACGAAGGACUGUGUGCCGCUCAAACAACAUUUAGAGGAGUUGGUGGCGGUUGGGCAUCUAGACCAGUACAUAGACGGGGGUAUGAGAGCCGCUCCCCAGGGACAGGCCGAGCCAAACGGCCUUGCUGUCCUGGAUGCAGCACCUCAAGGCGUAAUCAAUGUCAUUCAUGGCAUCAUCGAACCAACACAGGUUUGCAAGCUGAGGGGGAUGAUCAAGAAAGCCGAGCACAUAAGGGAAGUGCUCUCCGUUCAGCCCGCCGUGAAAAAAGGAAAGACCGAGGUAAAAAACGUCGUGACCUUUUCAAGCAAGGACUUGGAGAGAAUUCACAUGCCUCAUAAUGAUGCCUUAGUGGUGACCCUUCGGGUCAAAGACUUCAAUAUCAAAAGAAUUCUGAUCGACCAGGGAAGUUCGGUCGAGAUCAUGUAUUAUGACGCGUUCAAACAGAUGAAGUUGGAGGACAAAGACUUAGCUCCAGCAACGUCUCCUUUGGUUGGCUUCAACUCUCAACCGAAAUGGCCGAUCGGAAAGAUCAUAUUGCCAGUCAAAGCAGGAUCGGUCACGAAGCAAGUGGAAGUUUAG